AUGCACCAUGAUUUACCAUCGCCAAUCAUUCAUCGAGACAUAUCGAGCAAAAAUAUUUUGCUAGAUUUGGAAUAUGAAGCUCAUGUUUCAGACUUUGGCACCGCUAAACUUCUCAAGCAGGACUCGUCUAAUUGGUCAAAACUAGCUGGAACACAUGGAUACAUUGCACCAGAGCUUGCUUAUACAAUGAAGGUGACUGAAAAAUGUGACGUAUAUAGCUUUGGAGUGUUGGCACUAGAAGUUCUCAAAGGGAGUCAUCCAGGAGAUAUUAUGUCAAACGCAUCAUCUUCAUCUGCUGCUCUCCAAGUUAAACUUAAUGAUUUGUUAGACCAACGCCUUUCACCUCCACGGUUCAAGGUCAUCAUGGCUUGUGAAAGACCAAAACCUUCAAAAGCUUUUGUUUUUAGGACCAGACACCUGUCCUGCGAGACCGAGACCGAGACCGAGACCGAGACCCAGAGUGCAAGUGGCCUAAGUUAG